GCCGUGCGUGUGCCCGUUCUCGGCACAUCAUCUGAGGGGGAUCUGCACCAGUUGAGCGCCUCGAGUCCCUCGUGGGCGACGUGUCCUUCGCAGCUACACAUGGGUUAAAUCUGACAGGCAGAAGGCAGCAGGAGAGCCGCGGGAGCAGCGCCGUCUCCGUGGCUGCGGGACGCCGACAUCGGGCGCCGUGGACGCGACGGUGUGAAGAAGCGCUUCGGAUGCGACCGCCGGAGAGGAGGGGCACGUGCUCCUCCGUAGCGUAGGUAAAACUGUGCUCAUUAAGACGGCGGGGGCUAAUCUAAAUCACCACGGGGAAAAAAAUCAACGGUGAUUUUUUUUUUUUUUUUUUGGUUUUGUUUCCAACUUGGAAAAUGGAGAUAGAGAAUGACGAUGACGGACGUUAAUAGUGGCGGGAGUUGGAGAAAGAGUGCAACUUGGAUCGCUUAGGCGGCGGCCGCGCGCGCUGAACAGCAGCAGCAGCAGCAUCAUCAUCAUCAUCAUCAUGUCCACAUGGACUGAUCAUCAGUGAGGAGCACGGUCGGACGGACGGAGACAGCCAGGGACCACGGCCACCGUGCGCGAUCAUGGAGCUCUAGUCUGACACGAGGGAGGGGAUGGUUCUUCUCACCGCCGAGCUCCACGCACGCACGAGCGCGAUUUCGGCAGCCCUUUGAAGGGGACUCGAGCUCGGCUCCGCCGUGGGCACCGGACAGUGGACACCCAUUCCGAGCAGCGCUUCCGCGGACACGGCACCAGUGAAAGAGGAGGAAGAUGCCCUUCCACCAUGUGACGGCUGGCCUGCUCUACAAGGGGAACUACCUGAGCCGCUCCCUUUCUGAUGGCAGCGACAGUGACCAGCUGGCCAAUAUCUCCGUGGAGGAGCUUGACGAGAUCCGGGAAGCGUUCAGGGUGCUGGACCGCGACGGGAAUGGGUUCAUCUCUAAGCAGGAGCUGGGCAUGGCCAUGCGGUCCCUGGGAUACAUGCCCAGCGAGGUAGAACUGGCCAUCAUCAUGCAGCGGCUAGACAUGGACGGGGAUGGUCAGGUGGAUUUUGAUGAGUUCAUGACAAUCCUCGGACCUAAACUUCUGUCUUCUGAAACAAGGGAAGGUUUCCUUGGCAAUACAAUAGACACCAUAUUCUGGCAGUUCGACAUGCAGCGAAUAACACUCGAGGAACUGAAACACGUGCUGUUCCACGCCUUCCGGGACCACCUCACCAUGAAGGACAUCGAAAACAUUAUCAUCAAUGAAGAGGAGAGCCUCAAUGAGAACUCUGGGAACUGCCAGACAGAGUUUGAGGGAGUGCAUCCCAAGAAGAAGAACCGGCAGACAUGUGUGCGCAAGAGCCUCAUCUGCGCAUUCGCCAUGGCUUUCAUCAUCAGCGUCAUGCUCAUCGCAGCCAAUCAGAUGCUGCGGAACGGCAUGGAGUAGCCACGCCCACUGUGAGCGGGAAAAUGACCUGCAUGUGCAUGCCAGUGGGUGAUGACAUUUUUCUUUUUCUACAAAAUAAAAACACUUUGAAAUGGCCAAAAAAAAAUCAGUAAACUCGCCUCACAAGGAGACAUUGAGCGUGAGGUCAGCACGUGAGCGACACAACGAUGUCCGCCAAGACGGAAGCCAGCAGGGGGCCUCACUGAGGGCCGCCCCUCCAUCUCUCUGGCAGGGACAUCCAAGGGCUGUCUUUCGGUUUCGUGUCACUUCGUUCCUUAAUGCAAUAAAGUGCAGGAGUUCGGAACUAUCUUCCCUCUGCGGGGGGGUUGUGUGUGAAAGCCAUCCUGAGACACGGCCGGGCUGCGGCGUGGUCCUUGAAGCCAGGGGCUUGAGCUCUUUUCCCAAGGGGCUGUUUGCUCCAGCCAUGGUUUCUCAGCUGCUUAAUUAGUUGCUCUGUUUUUGUGUUUCCUGCUUUUUUUAACAUGUGUGAGAAAUACUGUAUUUCACAGCAGCGUUUUUCUCCAGGGAGAAAUAAAUACAGAACAUCUGUAUUAAUAUUACUGAUAACCACCAGCUAAUUGGGCCCGGUAAGAGGAGUGGGUUGGAAUGAAAUCCGGCUAAGUGAUCGAAAUGAAGAACGAAGAAUGAAGAAGCGGCAGGCGCUCGCCCUCUCCGAGGGGGGUUUCAGGCAGCUGUGUUCUACCGAGCAGCAGGACUUUCUUCCUCUGAAAUCUCUCUCCACUUUGGGCUCCUCAAUACGAGACUGUGGGGAGAGUGCAUGCGGAGCGGGCAGGAGUGUCUGUGUGUGCGCCAGCGAUGUGACGCAGUGCCGCCUGCUGAGCCGGGGCCUCUCGGACUAGUAGGGUCUUUCUUAGGCGCCCGACAUGUCCGGGGUUUCUCAGCCACUAUUUUUACAGCGCAUAUUACAGUCUGUAAGAGCUUGUGUGAGACCAUUAUGUCUAAUGUCUGGCGGCCCCAUACUCAACCUGGUGCUCCCGAAGCAUUCCCGUGUGUGUCAAACAGGACAGAUCACUUGUGUAUAUGUACACAUUCACGCGUGUACGACCCACCCUUUGAAACGUAAGAAGCCUCCCUUUUACCGUGUCCAUGUGGGUGGGUCUGACCGGUAGCUUUCGGCUCUGAUCUCACCUUGUCUUACAUGCACCGACCUCAAACACGGCCUUGCUCCUUGAAGGUGCCGCUGGAUCCGUCUUCCCAUGGCGCCCCCGCAUAUCUUAAUGUCCAUCUGCAGCUGCCGUGGCAACGUGGAGAUCGGUGGCUCUCACACCAUCUGCUCCACGCUCAGUCCAGCCCGGGCCGCCCGUGACCAAAUGUCACCUGUACUUUGCGUUUGGCCUGGAGGAACUGCUGCUACUACAGCCACAGAGCCAGUCAGGCGUUUUUCUUCAGAUCACAUUCUAUAGCAUAGCAUCAUCCCCUUUGGCAAAGAAUCCUCCACUUUAAGAAGGAUUUGAACAGUUUUCCGAUUCCAAACCCAGCUCCUUAGUUCAUCAAAGCGUACGCUUGCUCACUUAAGGGCAUAGAACCUGUAUAAAAAGAGGAAGGGGUGUAUGCCAUGAAGCUCUCAGCUAAUGUAAAAAGCCUGUGUAUCUGUGUGUGUGUGGGGGGGGUAUGUUCUCCGCACCACCCCACCUCAUUUUUGCCUAUGCACUCAGCAUUUCUCCAGCAGCGCUCCUCCAUUAAAUCUGCUUUCUGCGCUCCAUGAGAAAGAUCAGUGGCUCCUUCUUCCCUUUUAUCCCAGCAAGGCCGUAUGGUCCCUACCCGCCGACUCAUGAUGCAGCCACUCGGAUACACCGGUACAAAUUUGGAAGCUCACGGCACUUGAGGUUUUUUCGCUGGAGAAUUACUCUUUAUCUUCGAGCGAAUUUGUUUUGCAGUAUACUUUUUGUACACCUUUUACAUGCAGUGUAUGCAUAAAGAUUCUUUCAUCUGAAAUGUACUGGAGCUCAGAAUGCGACGGGACAGGCGGGAGCGCAGCCCAAAUGGCACGCAAGCGGCACUCAUAAUAAUGCGCGGUGACGAGGAUCUGGGCCUGGCACUGCGCUCUGUCCAAAUGAUGUCACGCUCUGCGGUCGCCCAGGCGACGGGUAUUAAUCUGCUUUCACACACGGUACUUCUGAACUCCUGUACAAAACUCCUGUUGGUAAUACACAUAUUUUUAACCACCUCAAGUUUUACACAGACUGCUUGUACCCAGUGCAUGCGACCGAGUGAAAUUCUGUAAAUAUCCCCCACGUUGUCUGAGCUGUAUGGAGUCUAUUUAACGGUCACUUUGUGUGCAUGAUGUUGAGACAUGUGAGUACCUCUUGACUGGGCAGUGUCAUGGCCUGGGGAUUCAGUGUGCUCCCCAUCACCCUAGCUCCUCUCUUAAGCCAUAAACAUUCACUGGAAUGUAUUUAACACACAACACCAACAUGUGCACAUUUUAUAAUUCUCUCUUUGAGUGUUGCUGUGGUGUGAGAAGAGGAAGUCAGUCAUUACUCUGUGUGUGUGUGUGUGUGUGUGUGUGUGUGUGUGUGUGUGUGUGUGUUUUCAGUCACACCUCUUGCAUGACAGAAGACUCCAAUUGUUACAGUUGUACAGUAGGACCAUCUAGUGGUUUGUUGGGGAGUUGUGGUCGUCCUGUUGUUUUUGUCUGCCUCUGUAAUCUGUCUGUCGCCCAGCAAAUUAAAUGUUCAUUGAAUGUUCAUUUUUAUGAUAUGGUUCAAGAGAUUUCAGGGUGCUGAGGACAAUGAGAAUAUAAUGCUAUCUUCUUCCCUUCUAGAAAUAGAAUAAAUGUUUGCCAAAUAUAUACCAUAUUUAUAGACAAACAUAUAUUCCUGUAUGUACGUACAAAUUAAUUUGGAUAUUGCUUUCCAAUGUACAUUCAAAGUUUUGAGAGUAGUAAUAAAAAUUUUAGUUUUCAUUUUAUGGAUAUAUAUGAAAAAACA